GAUGGCUGCUCUUGAGAAACAUCCAGACCUGAGGCUCCAGCAGAACAAUCCAUCGGAUCCCAGCACCAGUCAGAAGAGUCAUUUCUUGGAGACUGACUGGAAAACACCUAUGUUGUCUGUGAAGUUCCAGAGCCGUGUCAGUCGCUGUUCAAGUGUGGCUGACAGCGGGGAUGGGGGCAUUGGGACCUCCUGCUCAGACAGCACAGAAGACUUUUGCAAUUCCAGUAACGGUUCCUCAUUCCAGCCCAUCAAAACCCAAGUGACCAUCCCAACAGCCCAUGUUAUGCCUUCUACAUUGGGUGCCUCGCCCUCCAAGGUGUGCUCUGCGGGAGACCAGAGCUGCUCGCAGAGUACUUCAAAAACUGCUAUGCCAGGGUCUGCUUCUGAACACACAGGGCUCACGAGAAAUGGAGACUUUAAUGCUGGGAAGUCAUCUCAGGUGCCACCCAGGGAUCUCUUGCGUCUCUACGGGACUUCAGGGGAAAAUGGUUUUGAGCAAUCCUGGCAUCCUGUUUCUGAUCACAUGAGAACAGAAGAUACUUGGAAGUUUGACACCCCUGCCAUUGAGCGCACCCUUAACCAGUCUCUCUUUCUGGAUAGUUUGUGCACUGACCCUCUCCACAGGUUCCAGAAGUUCAAUCCAAGCUCUGGGGCAGCUGAGGCAGGAAAGGACCAUUAUAAGGUGCUGCCAGAGAGUAAGCAAGCGGCAGGGGCUAACGGAGCCUGUGAGCCCCAGGACGGAACGUGGCCGAGCGGGAGCAGACUGAUGCCAACAGGACUCCAGGCCAACAAUUUCUUUUCAAAACCUGUAACUCCUUCAUCUCGACCAUGGAUGCAAGAAGCCUGCACGCUACAUCCACACGAGAGGGUCUGUGAGCUCAGUGCUUGGAAACAACAGCUGGAGAAAGUGCGAUUGCAGAUAGAGCAAAUGCAGUUGCAAAAUGGAGGUGCCUGCCACCAUCCCUCGAUGUAUUCUCCUUCGCUGCCUACACCUGAUCCAGCCCAGUGGAUCAAUAUCCUGAACUCCAAUGAAAACCUACUCAAGGAGAAAGAGCUUCUCAUUGACAGACAAAGACAACACAUAUCUCAGUUGGAGCAGAAGGUCCGUGAAAGUGAACUGCAGGUUCACAGUGCCCUGCUUGGCUGUCCAGCACCCUAUGGAGAUGUCUACAUGUUGAGAAUGCAGGAGCUGCAGCGGGAGAACACGUUUCUUCGAGCGCAGUUCACAGAGAAGACUGAAUCCCUCAGUAAGGAAAAGAUUGAACUGGAGAGAAAACUGGCUGCUGCAGAGGUGGAUGCAAAGCUGAUCCGGGAGUCGCUGAAGGAAACUAUGCAGAAACAUGCAGAGGAGUUAAAGAAACAGGAAGAAAGGGUAAAGGGAAGAGACAAACACAUUAAUAAUCUUAAAAAGAAAUGCCAGAAGGAGUCUGACCAAAACAGGGAGAGACAACAGAGAAUUGAGACCCUGGAACGAUACCUGGCUGAUCUACCAACCCUUGAGGACCACCAGAAACAGAGUCAGAAGCUGAAGGAAUCUGAACUGAAGAGUACUGCUAUGCAGGAAACGGUGCUGGCACUGGAAACGGAGCUUGGAGAUGUCCGGGCUGCUUUCAGGGAGCAAGAGAUGCAGCUAGAAACCCAAAAACACAAGGAAAUGGAGCUUCUUUCCACUGUGCGCAGCUUGCAGGACAAGAUGCAGCAAUGUGUAAAGAAUGCAGAGAGAGGACCGCCUGCCCAGGAUGCAGAGAGACAGAAAAUAGAAAAUGACUCUCUGAAGAAAGAAUGCGACUGCCUCAGGAAGAUUGUGGACAAACAGCAGAAGAAGAUGGAGCAGCUGUCGUUGCAAGUAAAGAACCUGGAAGAACAGGUGGCCCAGGAAGAGGGGACAAGCCAAGCUCUGAAAGAGGAGGCGAUGAGAAGAGAAAAUGCACUGCAGCAGCUCCGGACCGCUGUGAAAGAGCUUUCAGUGCAGAACCAGGAUCUCAUUGAGAAGAACCUGACCCUUCAGGAGCGACUCCGGCAGGCAGAGCUAACAACCCAGCCGCUGCCUGCUGAGACAGCCCGCCUCGCCCAGGAGUUGCACAGCGAGCUGGCCAGUUGUCUGCAGGAUUUGCAGUCUGUCUACAGCAUUGUCACUCAGAGGGCUCAGGGCAAGGAUCCCAACCUGUCUCUGCUCCUAGGCAUUCGCUCUGUGCAGACCUCUGCUACGGAGAAGGACGACUUGUUGAGCCCUGAUGGACUUGCAAAGAAACUGGUGGAGGUAAAACAGCUUCACAAAGAGGUGGAGGACUUAAGGACAGCAAUAUCUGACAGAUAUGCUCAGGACAUGGGAGACAACUGCAUCACCCAGUAAAGAACACUCCCCAAAGUAAGACAGGAAAUGAAGACUUGAAACCCUCAGGAGUCUAGAGCUCCUACAACCCAAAACCUAUUCAGCACUUUACCACCCCUUUGCUCGGGUACAAGAUGUGUGACUUAUCCAAUCUGUGAGAAAUCAGGGGGUUUGUUGCCAGAAGUGUUUAGCUGCUGACUGGCUAACUGGAAUCUUUCAGGGCUUCGGUGUCGGGCUUUGCAGUAGCUUUGAUCUUGUGGAAUGUGUUUAUGCUGUGUUUGCUGGAGCUGGUGUGGUCUCUGAUGCUGGGAGAUGAAUUCUGAAUUGCCUUCCAGGCAUGUCAAAUGCUGAACAUGCAAAUGUGACAGUUAAAAUCAUCACUAAAAGGAAA